AUGCUCCGCUUAGAAACCUCGGACCUGGCGCUGCUUGGAAUUGGCCUGUCCAUUGCAUAUAUCAUAGUCGACGCUGCAUACAACGUUUUCUUUCAUCCCCUAAGAAAGAUUCCUGGAUCCAAACUUCACGCGGCCACACGCUUCGUGAAGGAUGUGAGGCUUCUCCGAGGCACGUUUGCCGAAUCUGCGAAGAAUUUACAUAUAAAGUAUGGCGAAAUCGUGCGGGUGGCCCCCAAUGAGCUGUCGUACAUUGACCAUGUGCUCCAGACAUCAGGAGAGGGGGAGAUGAAAAAAGAAUUCUUUGGUAUCGCGCAAAAGGCUCAGUCAAGUCCAGCACCAAACAAAAGUCAAGACAGCGGGUCCACGGUCGAAUCCAUGACCAUCAUGUCGAAAAAAGACGACCACGUCCGGUUCCGGCGCUUGUUCCAGCCAGCCUUCACUCACGCCGCUCUCAAAGCGCAACAGCCGAUCAUCGCCAGCUGCGCCGAUCAGGUCGUCGCUCGUCUGAUUGAGUCGCAAGCCGCCGGCGACAAUGUCGACGUCACCGAGCUGGCGACUUACUACUCUGUCGACACGAUGAGCGAACUGGUCUUUGGACAUUCACUGGGUCUGCUCGAUGACAACCCACAGUACGUGAGCUGGGUCCGCGCCAUGCUCAGCGGCCUCAAAUGGGUGGUGUUCACGGCCGUUCUGAUGCAGGUCCCCAUGCUCGGCUCUCUACUGCACGCGCUUGCCACCGGGCCGAUGAGGGGCAUUGUCGGUGCACACUAUCGACUCGCUUCCGAGCUGAUGGAUCGACGACUGGACCAGAAACCUGAGCAGGCAGGCAAACCCGACAUCUGGAGCUUUGUGAUUGGGCGACAGCAGCAGAGUGAAAGACUGGGUAUAGGGAUCAAGGGCUUGACCCGCGACGAAAUGCACGUCGCAGCCAGCAUGCUGAUGAUUGUAGGUACCGAGACGUCGGCGACCGCUUUAUGCGGGGUGAUGUACUACCUGGGAAAGAAGGCGAACCGCAACGUGCAUGACAAGUUGGCUCUUGAGAUCAGGUCAGCGAUUCGUCACAGUGAGGAGAUUCAGAACGACCCAGGUCUGCUGGUGCGGAUGCCGUAUCUCAACGCUGUCUUGCAGGAGGGGUUGCGAAUGUACAUGCCGGGUGGCAUCACACCACGCGUUGUGCCUGAUGGGGGUGCUACCAUUUGCGGUGCAUAUGUUCCCGGAGGUACCAAAGUUGCAUACCAUUCUCAGGCCGCCUUCAACAGUCCUAUUAAUUUCACUAGGCCAAGCGAAUUCCUACCUGAGAGAUGGCUCAAUCCGGAUGACUCCGAGUUCGCUGGGGAUCGCAGACACUUUGUACAUCCUUUUUCGAUUGGGCCACGCUCGUGCACUGGGAAGGAUCUCGCCUGGGCUGAACUUCGCAUAUUUGUUGCCAAGGUCAUCUGGCACUUUGAUAUUGUCCUCUGCCCCGAGUCUGAAGACUGGAUCGUAGGCCAAAAGACGUACAUAUCGUAUCAGAAAGGCCCUAUGAUAUGUAAAUUCACACCAGUCGCCGCGAGGGGUUCCGGUACGAGUAGCGUGCCAUAG